AUGAGCUUAAUCAAAAUCUCCAUAAUUUUGAGCUUCUUGUUUAUCUCUGUCUUUUCUCAAACACCAUCUCAACAACCAGAAGAUUUAGGAGCUGUCAUCCAACCUUAUCAAACAGCGAAUGUUCCUCCAAAUAAUGGUACUUGGAGGAUAUGUGGUAAAACAAAAACAAAAUCUGUUAGUUACAGUGUUAGAGUGGUUCCUGAUUCAACCUUAAUCACGCCUGGAUUUGGAAUUGAAUCUAAAGGAAUUCCAGUUGGCAAAACACCAAUAACACCAUUAACAGGAAGUGGAAUUUUGACAUUUGUGGCAUCAUCGGAUUCUGCAAUAGAUAUAUCCAACCAUUCCACUUUUUAUCGAUAUAUACCUUCAUUAUCAUGUGAAACAGCCACAAUUAAAUGCGACCAAGAUACCGGAAAAGUUUUGAUUGAGUCUUUCGAUAUAUAUUGUUUGGUUGUAAAAAAUAUUUUUACCAACCCGCAAAAAAUCAACGUUGCAUUUUCAGAUUCAGACACGGUAUUUAAAAAUGGUGGAUUUACCAGUCCAAAUAAAAGUGGCGGCAAUACAAAAGAAUUUGUUCCAGAUAAAAGUGGCGCUAAUAAUUCAGGUAGUAAUGCUGCAGGAAAAAAUACUUAUUAUAGUGGAUUAAUCGGUGAUCAUGAUUUAUAG